UGGAAAGAAUGCUGCACACGCCUCCUUCUGCGGAAGUGUCAGCGGUGCCAGCUAAGCUAAGCGAAUGUGCAUUUCUAAUUGGUGUAAUUAGAAUGGGAAUGUCAAAAUGCUAAAAAGUUUUUGCACUUCGUUCUAUGCUUGGUAAACUUAAGUUAAGCUAAUUCUACGGCAUAUUUUAAGAAGCCCGGUUUCUACCUACUUUUUACUAUUGGCUUCAGAAUGUCCAGUAAAGAAAGUGAUACGCAUCUUAAAGUAACAAGUCGAAAGAAACCCGGCUUUCUGGAGCGGCUGAGUGACACUGCCGGAGGGGUAGUGGCGGGCAUCGCCCUUUUCACUUUUUCUUUUUAUGUGCUUUUCACCAACGAGGGGAGAGCUCUUAAAACUGCUGCAUCUCUAGAUGAGGGCAUUUCUCUAGUUGUUUCACUUCAAGAUAUAAAUUCUGUGGAUCGGCAGUAUGAUGGCCACUUGGUGCACUUAUCUGGACCCCUCAAUACACCACAGCCUUUAUCUGAUCCUAACUACAGAAUUAGCAUUAGUGCUGUCAAACUGAAGAGACAAGUUGAAAUGUAUCAGUGGGUAGAAUAUGAGGAGAGUCGGGAAUAUGAAGAAAAUGGCGAGGUUAAAACAGAAACCAAGUAUUCAUAUAACACCGAGUGGAGACCAGAAGUUAUUAACAGUCGAAAUUUUGACAAGGAAAUUGGACAUACAAACCCCAGUGCAAUGGCAGUGGAAUCUGUUACAGUUGUUUCACCAGAUGUUUCAGUUGGUUCAUUUCAUCUUUCCACAGGCUUAACAGACAAAGUGGACAACUUCAAAAAAUUGCAUCUAGGAAGCUUGGGGAUAUGGGAUCCUUUUAUUACAAUAGAAGAUGAUUACUUUUACCACACUGUCAACCCUAAAAGGCCUGAGGUUGGAGACGUGAGGGUGUCAUUCUUCUAUGCAGGACUGAGUGGGGAGAACAUCAACCUAGGACAUCCUGAUUUGGUGACUGUUGUUGCUCAGCAAAGAGGAGAGCAGCUUGUUUCCUACAAAACAAAAGUUGGUGACACUCUGGAAAUUCUGUACCAAGAGGCACUUUCAGCCACGGAAGUGUUUGAGAGGGAACACGGAUUCAAUAGCAUGAAGACCUGGGCACUUAGAAUGGCAGGCUGGAUGAUGAUGUUCUUAGGAGUAAGUCUCAUGACAAGAAUUUUCCACACACUUGUGGACUGGCUUCCCAUUGUAAGAAAUCUGGUUGACCUCGGCUUGAAAUUGUUUGCAGCAUCCGUGGCUACUUCACUUUCACUGCUCACUAUCGCCGUGGGCUGGCUCUUUUAUCGGCCAGUAUGGGCCAUUGCCAUAGCUGCGCUAGCUGCUCUGCCGAUAAUUAUUGCCAAAUCCAAGGCUCCUCAGAAGAAGAAUAUGUAAAAAAUUCACAGGAGGUGAAUGUUAGAGAAGGACAUUUUUAUGGUAUAGUAUGUUAAGAAAUUCUUCUGCUUUUUUAUGUGACUUGACCAAACUUCUGUAAAUUUAAGAACACUGAUUACACCUCUUCAUCCACAUUACUGUUUGAGAAAAAGCUGGACUUCAGCCCUUCUUACAGUUUCUCAUAUGGACAAGCAAGUUAGGAAAAAAGGAAAAGGUUGUGUUUUUGUGUGUUAGCUUGCAUUUACCACCAAAGAAAGUUACAAAUGCAUUAAUGUCUGCUACUGUAGGCAUCCUGGCACAUAUCUACUCCACUGAAUUCAUUUAGAUGAUUAUUUUUCCAAAAGACGAUAUCAUCUUAUAUACAGUAGUCCUAAUACAUUUUCUUGUGUAUUUGAACAAUGAGGAGGCUUAAGUUGCAUUUGUUAAUGUGUGUGAUUAAAUGUGCAUUUAAAGUUUAGGAAGUUCUUUUGUGGCAUUUGUGGAAUGUGCAUGCAGCCUCUAAUGUUUAUGUCGGACUGCAGCAGAUGAUCAGGACGGCAUACAAGUCUGAGUGGGCUCUGAAAUUGUUUGAUCCACGUAGAGCAGGUGGGUUUUGUUUUUACUUUUAGUUCAGGGUGGGUUCUUGUGGGGUUUAAUAUAAAUGUAACAUUAAAUUUAUAUGUAUGCUGUGAUUUUUGUUAUUGAAAAUUUAAAAAUUGUAAGUAACCACAUGGAUGUUCAGCGAGGUACAUGCAAGUUGAAAAACAUUAACUUAGAAGGGAGGAAGUUACCAGGAAAGUGGCACUGAUUUUAAUAAUUCAGUACAUUACAUGCUGUAUUUCAAAAUGAAGCAAAGCAAUAAAUGUUAAUUGUUUGA